AUGACUCCAAUGAACUCAUUUGCGUCUUUAGGUUUGAUAUAUUCAGUAAUGAACCUUUUAACAAGAGCAGAUGCUCAAAUUGUACUUUAUCAGAAUAGUUCUGCAUCACCUAUCUCUACUUCAGUGUCUAGCUCUCUAAUAGAUUUUUACGAUACCUCAUCCACUGACAACUUGCAGUAUUCAUCCUUCAAUUCGUACGUACAGCCUUCCAUAAACUCCUUUGCUCUAUCUAGCCCUUCAUCAAGUUUUGAAGUCCCCACCACAACUUCUUCCAGUUAUGCAAUUUCUUCCCUAUUCACAGCCUCCGAUACUUUCUCUUCAUACUUUGAUGUCUCUCAUGGAGGAGCAAGUUCAUCAAUAUCAAGGUCAGCUGCUUCAUCUGAGAUAUCCUCAUCCACUCUUUUCUUAACUGCACAACCUCAUAAGACAUCUCACUCUUCCUCUUCAUUGGAGCCAUCAGCCGCCGCUUCAUCUUCCGCUAGUGUACCUUUUUCAACUUCAUUGAUUGAUCCCUCUCAAAGUAGGACUUUAUUAAACUCAGCAAAAUCUAACACCCUUUCCUCAACCACAAAUUUUGCUUCCGCGGCGAUUGCAGGCUCAAUAUCUCCAAACGACUCGAAAAGUUUGGAGGCUACCGCUACUACAACACUAUCUGAUGUUCCUUCUUCUUCUUCAGACAAUUCUAAUCAGACCUCAUUGCCAAACCUAUCGGAACCACUGUCCAGUUUUUCAAGUGGCCUCACGUUCAGUUCAACUAUUCAAGCCACUCCCAAUGGCCUAGCGUCAAAGACUCAUUCAACUCUCGCUGAUACUGCAUCGUCAUUGCCACUAACAUUGAAAUUAUCCAGUAUGACAUCAACAAGUGACCCUGAUGCAAGCUCUUACAACUCUACGGGUACUUCCUCUAAAACAAGUGGUAACCCCGCCAUUUUUACUUUGGACUCAAUUGAUCCAUACAGUAGUUUGGUUCAAUCUUUAUCGUCAUUAUCAAUUGCUCCUUCUCUAUUUACAGCUACAAGUGAAUAUUCAUCCGUGCCAUCGGCGGAUUUGGAUCAAGCCUCAAAAAGAGAAACAGCUAAUUUCACUGCUUCUAUUACUUCUACACCACUUGGAGCAACUGUACCUACUUCACUGGUUGACUCGAUGAGUUCAGCCGGCUCUACGGCAUCUAGUUUUGGAGAAAUCUCAACCGCCAAUUUUAGUGUUGAAGGGAUCUCAACCUACGUUACUGUACCAACUGCAAGUGAAAGUUCGCAGAACCAAGAUUGGUCAAGCUCUACAUUACCGCUGUCCCAAACUACCUGGGUUGUAAUCAACUCAACUGAUACUCAAGGAUCCAUAACAUCAACUACUUCCCCAGCUUAUAUCUCUACGGCUACCAAAACUGUUGAUGGGGUAGUCACGGAAUAUGUUACAUGGUGUCCCUUAACAGAAACGAAAUCACAAACGGCUGAGAUUAGUUCGUCCAUGUCUAGCGUUCCACAAGCCUCUUCAUUCGGCAGUAGUUCCAUUUCAAGCUCCAAUUCCACCACUCUUGGUGCCUCGAACUACAUUACUGUAUCAACUGCAAGUGAAAGUUCGCAGAACCAAGAUUGGUCAAGCUCUACAUUACCGCUGUCCCAAACUACCUGGGUUGUAAUCAACUCAACUGAUACUCAAGGAUCCAUAACAUCAACUACUUCCCCAGCUUUUAUCUCUACGGCUACCAAAACUGUUGAUGGGGUAGUCACGGAAUAUGUUACAUGGUGUCCCUUAACAGAAACGAAAUUACAAACGGCUGAGAUUAGUUCGUUCACGAUUAGCGCCACAGAGACCUCUUGGUCAUCUUCAACAUUAGAGACAUCGACCUUGCAAUUGUCUGAUUCCAUAUUUACACAUUCAACAGCUUUUAAUGGCACUGAAACCAUAGACGGCCAUCGCAUGACUGAGACUAGUUCAGCCACAGAGCCCAUCUAUUUUAGUGGUACACAAGAUAGCCUUUAUUUGAGCGCCAGCGAAACUAAUCCUGUUUCUUCCUUUUCGUCCUAUCCAAUUUUUUCAUCUACAAGAAGCUCUACGACGAUUGGCCCUAACUCUACUGUUGCAUCUGGGUCGACUAGCAACCAUUUGUCUGCUAGUGUAUCUAACCCAACCAAAACGAGCCAAUAUACGAGCCCCAGUGAGAACACAUUUACUGCUUUUUCUUUUGAUUCCACGGAAACUGUCGCAGCCAUGUCUGAUACUCACAAAAGGUCGUCGUCCGAUAACUAUUCAUGGGCUACUACGCAAUUGAAGACCAGCGGAGCACAAACUUUUUUGCUUUCUACCGUUACAACAACGACGAACGGUGCCGUCACCGAAUACACAACGUGGUCCCCGGCAACUAGUGUUGCCUACACAACAUCUGUAUCUUAUAAAACAUUAGUUUUGACCACUGAAGUCUGCUCACAUUCUGAAUGUACCCCAACGGUUAUCACGAACGUUAUCACGACAAGCUCUACAAUUCCUGUUUUAUCCACUUCUAGCGCUAUAGUUUUAUCAUCUGCAGUAUCCAAAAGUACAGAGAAUUCCGCUGUUUCCGAAGCUACCACUAGCUCUCAGGUUUCCGCUACUUCUGGAAGUACUACUGUCAGCCAUUAUUCGGCCCCAUCCCAUGUUUCUACCGCUUCUGAAGCUACUACUAGCUCUCAUGUUUCCGUUGCUUCCGAAGAUACCACUAGCUCUCAGGUUUCCGCUACUUCUGGAAGUACUACUGUCAGCCAUUAUUCGGCCCCAUCCCAUGUUUCUACCGCUUCUGAAGCUACUACUAGCUCUCAUGUUUCCGUUGCUUCCGAAGAUACCACUAGCUCUCAGGUUUCCGCUACUUCUGGAAGUACUACUGUCAGCCAUUAUUCGGCCACAUCCCAUGUUUCUGCCGCUUCUGAAGCUACUACUAGCUCUCUUGGUACUAGAAAAUUUACCACUACUGGAAGCUCACUUUUACCAGCUUUGUCUACUGAAAUGAUAAAUACCACUGUACUUUCCAGAAAAACCCUCAUUAUCAGCACAGAAGUAUGUUCUCAUUCUAAAUGCAUACCAACAGUCAUUACAAACGUUGUUACUUCAAAGGUCACGCCUUCUAAUGGGCAUUCUUCUCAAACUCAACAAACAGAGGCUGUGGAGGUGACGCUGACAUCCCGUCAAACCGUAAUUUUGAGCACCGAAAUUUGCUCUGAUUCAAUUUGUACACCGACAACUGUUACCUCUGUGCAAAUGAGAAGUACUCCUUCUUUACCCCUGACCUCUUCAAUGUCAAGUUCCUCUUUAGCCCCUACCAAAAAAAGUUUUUUGGAAGCCUCUUCAGUAACGUUCACAUCUUCUGUCAGUACGCAAAGUUUGCCUUUGGCAGUCAUAAGUUCGGAAAAAAGCUCCCCCGUAUCUGCUUCUCAAUCAUUUAGUACUGCUUUAAAAAGCACAAAAGUGUCCACUUCUUCUGAUGUCACUUCAAAGAAUAAAAAGCCCGGUAGUCCUACUUCACUACACAAUUCCUCUUCAGGGUAUUCUAUCCCAUCUUCUUCUACAUCUCUCCAAUAUUCAUUAUCUACCGCUACUACAACAAUCAACGGUAUUGAGACUGUUUACACAACAUGGUGUCCAUUGACAGAAAAAUCGACUGUCGCUACUCCUACUCAAUCUUUUUGUAGUAGUGACAGAUGUGGUUCAUCGUCAAAAUCAUCCGCGUCUUUAUCUUCGGCUUCUAUUCAAUAUACAUUGUCUACUGCCACUACUACGAUAAGUGGGUUGAAGACUGUAUACACUACUUGGUGCCCAUUAACAAGUAAAUCAUCUGUAGUUGUUGCUACUCAAUCUGCUUGUAAUGGUGAAAAUUGUGGACAAAUUUCUUCAACCUCCAAAGUCGGUGCUAUUUCCUCUGCAUUGGAAAUAUCUACUUUUAUUCCUUCCGGCCCCUCAACUGCAUCUGAAUCAAAUUUUGGACAUUCGUUCAGUGCAGAUACAAAAUCCAUAUGCUCUGGUACUGAAUGUACGCAACUUGCGCCAAUGACAUCAUUUUCAUCUGCUUUUACGGUAGUAUUUCCUCCCUUUGCCUCUACAUCAUCAUCACCAUUGUCAACAACAGCAUCACCAACACUGACGUCAACACUUACUUCUAUCUCAUCAUUACCACCAUCUAGCUCUAUAUCAGCAUCUUCUUCGUCAUCAGCUUCCUCUUCAUCGACUUCUCUAUCAUCCCUCGCUGCUGCAUCAUCAACAUCCACAACAGCAACAAAAGCGUCAUCCUCCACUUUCAUAACGUCUUUUCUAUCAUUGCCCCCUACAUCAUCAUUGUCAUUAUCGCCAAUGUCGUCGUCUAUUUUCGUGAGUCAAUCGUCAUCGUCUAUUUUCGUGGGUCAAUUAUCAUCGUCAUCAUUACCAUUGUCGCCAUCUGCUUCUACAUCACCGAUCAUUGGCACAGUUCCUGUUUCGAACCCAACUACUUCCGUCACAACACAAACUUGUACGGAAUCACAAUGUAAACAGGAGGUAUCUACUGUCUGUACUAGAUCCGACUGUAAGGAAGUCACAUCGACUUCUACAUCCCUUCCAACCACGACCACUGAUGUUAUUACAUGUACUGAAUCCCAGUGCCAGGAAACCAAAUCUAGCAGUUGUGAGGGCCCCUCGUGUAAAGUAUCGGAAACGCAUGAAUCGAGUACUACAGUUUCUGCAUGUAGUGGAGAGGGUUGCGAGCCUUCCGCUACAAGCCAGCCACAUUCUCAAUACGCUACGGUGACGUCUGUGAUUGCUCCAAGUGCCAUAACGACAACAUCAGUGGAAGUACAUUCAACCGAAUCAACCGUAUCAAUUACUACGAUCAAGCCAAUAACAUAUACAUCGAGUGGUACCAAAGGAGAAUUGAUCACUAUAACAAGUUCCAGCCAAACUGUAAUUCCGUCAGUAACUACCAUAAUAACGAGAACAAGAGUGGCCAUCACUUCAACACCAAAGCCAACCACUAUGACGUAUGUCACACAACUACUUUCUUCAAGUGGAGUUACUAAUUCCCUUAUUGGUGCUGCAUCGUCAACUUGGAUUACCACGCCUGUUGUUAGUACAUACGCUGGUUCAGCGUCAAGAUCUCUCUUUAGUAAGUUCUUCCUGACAAUACUAAUGGUGGUCAGCUUCAUUUAA